AUGAUUUUUACGAUGUUGUGUGAAGAAUAUAAUUUGAAGUGUGUUCAGUGAGUGGUUCAAAAAAGUGUUUCAGUUUGGCCGGCUCCUCAUCAUCACUGCACUAAAAUGUUAACGAUGCAACACCUCCUCAGCAUCACACUUAUCACCAUCGCAGCGGACCGCGCCUACUCCCAAGAGGAACACCAAGGGCCCCAAACCUGUGGGGGCCAUUUAAAAGGCCCCUUUGGGGUCAUCCAGACUCCGAAUUUCCCCAACCCAUUCCCCGUACCGAUAAAGUGCCGAUGGAUUAUAGAACACGAUAUUAUGAAUGGUACUAUAUCUGUAUAUUUCACGCAGCAGUAUACAACAAGUGGUUUAACGUUCACGGAAUACAUGUAUUACGAUGAAUUCUACAAGCUUGGGGAACGACGAGCUUUGACAGUAACAGAAGAAAACAUAACGAAGAUCAAAUGGCUUCAGGUGCAAAGCCCGGUGUUGGUGGUCGAACUGACACUGAAUAGAUUAGAGGGGACCCAGCUGAGGGCUUUAGGGCUCCUGUCAGUGUUCGGAUUCAACGUGACGUUCGCAGUCAGGGCUCCGAGUGAAGGGCCCGGGCCGAUUUCGUGUAGCGCUAUUGAGUGCCGUUUAUUGGGCCACUGCUACGCUCAGCAUAAUUAUCAAGAGUUUUACUGCUCCUGUUUCGAGGGUUACUCCGGACCGGACUGCGGAGUGGGCCCGCUGUGCCCGAGGACCUCCAAUAUGUGCAAAAAUGGCGGCACCUGCAGACAGAUGGGUCCGGCGGCUGUAAGCUGUAUUUGCGCUCCCGGCUACACCGGUGAUUUGUGCGAAUCACAAAUAGCAGAACCAGAGUGUGGUAUUGAGGAAUGCUCCGAUGGCUGCAAACAAGGAAGCACGUGCGACUGUAACCCGAAAGAUUCUGAUUUCACAUCAGCACGCUAUGAAACAAGACUGCAGAUAGUGGACCAAGCCAACAUCAACAUAUCGCAAGAAAUUGUAAAACAAAUUACAAUCUUUUUAAAAGCAUCGAAUAUUACAUUAGAAGAUGAAACUGAAGUUUUAAAUAUAAGUUCGCCAGAUGGUAACGGUUCUAGAACGGUCUGGCUGCGUCUGUGGGGAGCCCGACGAGACGCAGGCCCGUUACGAGCGGCGUUAGUCCGACUCGCGGCUACGAGAGCUCGUUCAGAACGUUUGAGGAUAUUACCUGCUAAACAGCACUUCUAUAUGCAACCAGCUCUUAGCUUACAGGGUUUAACAGUGAACCAACGUCCGGAAGUAUGGGAAGGUUCAGAGUUCAUAUUAAGCUGUAUGGCAUAUGGAUCCCCAGAUAUUGUGUUCACAUGGUACAAGGACGGAGUGAGGGUCAACUUUAACGGUACCACGAGAGACAUGUGGACUCGAACAGUAGUAGAAGAUGCUCUGGGUCGUCGCAUGUCAGUAUUGGGGAUAUCAGAGGCGCAACGGCCCGAUAGUGGUAAAUGGUCAUGUUCAGCCGACGACGCCGGUAGACGACGCUGUCGUGCUUUGAGACUGACGAUACUACGACCACCUGACAUUCGGCUUAUGCCGUCCACACUCACCGUCAAUAAGUAAGGUGAUAACGUAAGCAUUACGUGCUUGGCUGGUGCUGGACGGAUCCACGGCGCUCUAGGGUUCAGUUGGGCUCGAGAACGUACUUUACUACCACUCGCUCCAGGACGCGAGGUCUGGGAGGAUCUAUACCCAGCUGGCAGCGUCUUGAAGCUUUAUAAUAUACAGAAAUCAGGCGAGUACCGCUGCCAGGUGUCAUCGGUGGCGGGCACGAGUUCGAAACGCGUGACGGUGUGGGCGCUGGGCACAGAAGACGCAGCGUGCGGUGCAGAUGCCGCACUAGGCCUGCGCUGGCCACGGACCGCACCCGGAGCUGUUGCCGCCGCCGCUUGCCCGCCCGGGCAUACUGGCGAUACUACCAGAUUUUGUGAACCAAAAACUGGUCAACACGGUGUAGAAUGGAUGAUGCCAGAUUUCUCCGACUGUAUCGCAGACUCACUCAGAGAUAUUUACGAACAGUUUAGCCGCAUCUGGUACGGAUACUCGUGGGGCAACGUGUCCGACGUGGCACGGCAGUACGGCGCGGUGGUGCGGUCGCUGCCCGCGCGGCCGGGCGACGCGGCGCGGCCACUGCAGCACGCGCGCGCCAUGCUGCACUACCUGCGCUCAGCCGCCGCCACGCCGGCCGACCGCGCCGCCACCGCCGAACACCUGCUCAGGAUAUUUGACGCACUCCUUAGACAUCCUGAUGCGUUUUUGGAUGAGGAGAAAAUCUAUGAACUUCAAAAUGCAAUAGCCGACACUGCCGCCAUGAAAGACCAUUUAGAUUUACGGCUUCACGAGUUCACAGUCAAAACUAUACCAGUGCGUGACGACAAUGCAGCACAUUUCGACCUUCAACCAAACACAGGAUCCGAGGACUGGCAACUAACUUCGGUCGGAGUGGAACUUGUCGGGAGAACAGGCAAUGCUUCAGUGAUAGCAAUACAAUAUCACAAUUUGGCAGCAAGAUUGCCAUCUUUGAGAAGAUCCAUUGAGUUCAGCAAGGGGUCUUCGAGGAAUGGACGAGAGCUUGAGUACGAGGUAACGUCCCAACAGCUACAGCUGGGUGCGAGCGGCGCUGUCGAUCCAACUAUGCAACACACAGUCACCUUACUGUUCACACAUAUCAAGAAUCAUACUGCUGUCGGGUCGGAACUGUCAUGCGGCGUGCGCAGCCCGCGGCAGCCGCGAGCGUGGAGCGCGGAGCGGUGCGAAGCGCGAGCGCCCGAGCCUGCAUUGCUUGCAUGCCGCUGCCGUGGACUCGGUACUCUCGCGCUCUUCACCGUCGCCCGCGCUGCGCUGACAGAUACAGAGAAAGAUCUUCGUGGAAUUGUCAAGAUCACAGCUAGUUUGGGAGGUGCCAUGUGCUUGGCAGCAGCGGCGUUGCAGCUUUUAGGUUUAGUUCCUGGGAGGAGAGUGAAAUUGCCGGUGCUGCUGAAGGCCGCAACGGCCGGUACACAUUCUGCAGCGAUUUUGACAUUGCUGGAGUGUGAUACUAGGCAGGAGGAAGCGUGUCCGGGCGCGCUGGGCUGGGUGUGCGCAGCGUGCUGGUGCGCGGGGUGCGCGGCGCUGUGCGCGCAGCCGCUACUGCUGCAGGCAGAGCUGGCCGCGCGCGCUCAGCGGGCACCCUCCGUCGCUCUGCUUGCCGGGGUGUGCACGCUAGCGUGGCUGUCGGCGCGGCUAUGGGGCGGGGCGCCGCUGCAGGUGGGCGCAGCAGCAGCGGCGGUGUGCGCAGCCGGCUGCGCGCUGCUCGCCGCGCUCUGCCUCGCACUCGCGCUCUGCGCCGCCGCACGCUUGCGUGCACUCGCGCACAAGGUCCCGCCCGAGCGCAGGACCUACCUUCGAGACAGGGGCCGAGUGAUUCGUCACACGCUAGUGCUAUUGCUGACGACGUCGGCGACGCAGGCGGCGGGCGUAGCGUACGCGCAGCCCGGCCCGCGGCGCCUCGCACUUGUCGCCGCCCUUUCGGCCGCUGCACUCGCCAAUGGAAUAGCGAUGAUGGUGUGCUACGUGAUCCGCGACGACGAAUGCGUGCGGGCAGCAAGGCGCGUAUUAUCACUGCCCGCGCGCGACUGGCAUCACCACGACUCGCCCGCGGGUGACACCUCGCUCAGCUUGUACAUAAAACAAGGCGGCGAGGUAGAGAGCCGCGGCGGCGUGGGCGUUUUGGAGUCGUCCUCAUCGCCUGUCUCUCCUGCUUCGUCCUACUGGCGCGCACCCGGACUAGAGACUCCCACGCACGCUAGAGUACACAGAAGACAAUCAACCCCAGACAGUAGAGCGGAUAUAGUACGCUGCGUAGAAUACAAGGACUCCAUGCUGAGCCCACAUCGGUACGAGGACCGACACGUAGGCACCACCCACGCAGUUUGCGACCUCAUACCACGCGUACCCUCGCAGCCCGAGUACAUGGCCCGUGUGUGCCUCGAGCUGGGCGUACUCAACACUCCACCACGGGAAGCCCCCCACCUCCUCACCUGCUCCGUCAAUUUCGAGCCCUACGAAAACCCCACCAAGGACACGUGCACAAUGUGCGUCCAAUCCAACCCAGAUAUAUCCAAAAUACCCUCUCCACCAAUCAAGAGCUGCCUUAAGAAAUCCAAGCAGUUUACUUCGAGUACAUCCCUCCCGUCCAUGGAAAUCAAGGACGACAAAAUUAAGUCGGACAUCGAACAAGUGAACAGAGAGUGGAAUAAAGCAUACAAUUCUCCAGAUACGGAUAAAGUGCUCCACAAAAUAACGAGCGAUUUAGACUUUCUACUUAAUAGGACUCAGGACGCGAGUAAAAGUGUACUCGACCAAAUUGAGGAGGCACCUACUUAGGGAUGUGAGGAUAGCGUAAUUAAGUGAUAGAAAUUAGCUGAGUAAGCAAAACGAAUAACAUGGAAACAGGGGUGCAACAUGCCAAAGUUAGUUAAUAAUUGUAUAUAAUUAAGAGCCUACUGUAACAAUAAAUGUAUUAAAACAAUUUUGCUGUGAAAACUUUAUACAAGAUUAAAUUAACUCUGUGUGAUAAUUUAUUUCAAUUGCGAAUCAGUACAAAUAGAACAAUUUUUAGUAUACCUAUAUUAAUGAUUGAUUUUGCUACCGAAACAUAAGGGCAGUUCCAACCUUUAAUCUAAUUUGAAGAUUUGUUUCUACACAAUCCAAGUAUGGACCAUAGUUAGAAGUAAAUGCAAUUACAAUACCCAUUACUUUAUUGUAUGUCCAAACACAUUUGGAACUAUUACAAUGAUGUGUGAUUCAAGAG